AUGCACUCCGUAUCAGCCGCGUCGACCCAAGCCUGCCAUCAAAGUCGGCCCCGCGCCGCCAUUAAACCAUCAACAACCCUCGACGAUGUCUCCAUGACAGACCUCACAAGCGUUCUGCCCAGCUUCCCAACUCAACAGUAUGUGCGCCUCCUGCCUUCUCUCGAGAAGCACCUGGUCACGACCGCCGACCUCCUUACACAAGAGCCUACCGAGAUCGCGAAACGCGCAUCGCUGCCCAUCCUCGAUGUGAAGAGACUCUGUAAUGCCGUUCUGGACGCGUUGCAGACAAGUCUUGGUAUUAGGGAUAACGGAGAUGGGCUUCAGGGUAGUCCCUUGUUGAAGGUUUCAGGAGAAGAUAUUGUCAAUUCGUGGAAUACCAUCAGUACUCUCGACGACGAUCUGGACCAGGCUCUGGGGGGUGGGAUUCCAACUGGUCAUAUAACGGAAGUCGCUGGCGAAAGCGGUGCGGGCAAAACUCAAUUCCUUCUCACUCUUCUACUUGCUGUGCAACUGCCAGCUCCUCACGGGCUCUCCAGCAGCGUGCUUUACAUCUCAACCGAGAGCGCCCUCCCUACGACUCGGCUCUCUCAACUUUUAAAAUCACAUCCCGUUCUUCUCGCUGCGGACCCCAAGCCUACGCUUGAUCAAGUAAUCAGCAUCGUGACUCCCGACCUCGAAUCCCAAGACCACAUCCUCCGUUUUCAGGUCCCUGUUGCUGUCCGCAGGCAUGGCAUCCGUCUCAUCAUCCUCGAUUCCGUUGCAGCGAAUUACAGGGCUGAAUUUGAGCGACCUGAGGUCGGAGCUGCUACCGGCCAAAGGAGGGAGGCAAACAUGGCUCAGAGAAGCUCUGAGUUAGUGAAGCUGGGCCAAUUGCUGCGAGAUUUGGCCAGAGAGCAGAACAUAGCCAUUGUGGUUGCAAAUCAAGUCGCGGAUAGAAUUUUUGACCGAAGUGUAGGCAACAGUCCCAUACUGAAGAGGCCAACACAAAGUAGUCCUUUGGCAAGAAGAAGUGGUCCUGGAGGAAGUUUGCCAGACAGUUCGAUCCCCAUGUCGAGUGUACCAGCUGGAUCUGAGGUUGAAGAAACUCGAUUCAUGAGCACGAUGGAUCCUAUGGCGUUGGACCACCAGCACAGAUGGUUUACGGGCUGGGGGGACGACCCUUUUCCGUCACAUCUUGGUGCUAAGAGUCUUAAAACGCCUAGUCUGGGUUUAGUUUGGACAACGCAAAUAUCAUGUAGGAUAGUGUUGAUCAGGAGAUCUGUAUAUGGGCCUGGAUUGGUGGCCGAUGAGGAGAACGAAAGAGGCGAGCCUGUGCUCCAGAAAUGGAGACGAUGGAUGAAGGUUGUGUUUGCACCCCAUGCCGCGCCUAGCGGACCUGGCGUAAAAGAUGCCGUGGAGUUUCAGAUUCACGGUGAAGGAAUGAGAGCUGUCAAGAGGAAAGGGGCUGAUGAAGAUGGAGGCAACGAUAAUGAUUUGUGA